AUGGCGAGUUCUGGCGGGGCCGCGCCCCUCCCCUCGAACCCGAACGACAAUGACGGCCCGAGAAUUCUGGGGGCGACGCUGGCCAUCACCUCGCUGGCCCUGAUCACCUACGUCGCCCGCAUGUACGUGCGACUGUUUGUGGUCCACAAUGUCGGCCUCGAUGACUACUUCAUGACCUUGGCCGUCGCCUUGGUCCUCUCCGGCGAGGGGGUUGUGUGGGGUUCGGUUGUGCACGGCGCGGGCAGACACAUCGGCGACAUACCACCAGCCGACCUGUCGACCGGCCUCAAGCUGAAUUUCGUCAGUCAGCCCAUGUACCUCUUCGCCAUCUGCAUCGUCAAGCUGGCCACUAUAAUCCUACAAUGCACCGACAUACGCGCCCUCUGGGACUCGUCCGUCACUCCCCACUGCUGGCCGCAGUCGACGCUCCAGGGCCUCUCGUACACUAACGUGUCGCUCAACAUCCUGACGGACCUGUGCUUCGCCGUGUUCAUCCCCGGGCCGAUGCUCUGGAACCUCAACGUCAACCUGCGCACGCGCAUCUCGCUGCUCUUUUCCCUCGGGCUCGGCUGCUUCGCCUGCGCGGCCGCCUUCAUCAAGAUCCACUCGCUGGUCAACUACGGCAAGCAGGGCGACUUUCUGUGGGACUCGCGCGACAUCACCAUCUGGACCGUGGUCGAGUGCAACACGGGCAUCGUCGCGGCCAACCUGCCCACGCUGCGGCCCAUCUUCAGGCGCAUCCUCGGCAGCACGCUCGGCUACGGCUCGCGCACCAACGGCGUCUCGGGCGGUGUCGGCUCCGGCUACCACCGCCAGAAGGACGGCGGCGGCGGCGGCGGCGGCGGCAGCCGCGCGAUGUCCUCGACCCGGCGCGCCACCGCGUCCAAGCCGGCCACGGACGAGUCGAGCAGCGAGCGCGCCUUCAACGCCGGCGGCGACUACGAGCUGGCCGACCGGAAGCCCCAUCACGGCCAAUCGACCGUCGUCUUCGCCGACCCGGACGCGCUGUCUAGCGAUGAGACGGUCGACAGGGCGCCGGUGGCUGGCAGGGCUGGGAAUAGGACGACGACGACGACGAAGACGGGCGGUCCAGGCCGUGCGAGGAAUAACUGA